GAUUUUUCGAACCACCGAGCUCGCCGGCGAAAUUUGAUUCAUAAGUCUCUGGUGAGACCCGUGAAAAACCCACUUAUCCACUAUUCUAACUUCCUUUCUGUGGAAGGAUGAAGUCUCCAUUCAAGUCAUUUUUAGUUGCUGGUCUCUGUUUCAGCCAAUUGUUGGACUGUAGCCCACUAUCACAUCUUAUGUCAAGGGAUGUAAAUAUCCACAAAUUAAUCAAAAAGUCCAUCAUCAAAAGACUGGAGUAUUCAGACUUUCAGAUCUCAGAUGGACUUUCUGGGAACUGCUCCAAAAAGGCUGAGAGGGUUUUCUUGACACCAUACAACUUAACACAAGUCACCGUACUCAACACAGGGAGCCCUACUCCCAUUGGCCCUGUUAAUGGUGUUGCUAUUGACAAAACCGAUUUGGAUGUCUGCAAGAAGAUGUCACGAGCAGCCAUUGACGCCGAAGAUAGCUUUACAACCGCGAUAGAUGAAAGCGGAGGUCCUAAAACAGAACUAGGCAAACAAUUUCAAAAUGGGAAAAUAUGCAACAAAGUACUCAAACUAACUGCGUCUGUGCUAUGUCUCCAGAUGGAAAUACAGUUAGGGGCAGCUAAUUCAUCCCGAAGGAAGAAACUAGCCGAGCAAAUUACCAAACUUGAAGAGACUAUUCUUAUUGACCAAGCCGCUAGUGGUCAAAAACAACGGUCGGUUGAAUUAUAAGAAAAAUUCUCACAAUGGAGUGCAACUGGUACGACCAUCAGCACAACGUAUCGUCUUUGGAUUUAUUGCAGCUUUCCAAAUUCCUAUGACAACAUUUUAUUUUAUUUUUCCAUUCCACCCCUUUCUACUCUCCCAAAAUCAUGUCCUUGACGGCCG